CCCCGCGGGGGGAGGAGGGAGGAGGCCGCGCGGCCGCCAUGUUGUUGUGUCCGUGAGGCGGCGACGGCGGCCCCGAGCCCGCAGCGACCCCGGCCUCGGCAGGACGCCGCGCCCCGGCACGGGCGGGGGCUCCGCGCCAUGCCCUGCCCAGCGUCCUGUUCUUUCGCUGGGAUAUGAGCAGAUGUUGCCCUUCCCUGCUGCCAGUGUGAAGUGUCAGAAGAGAACAGUUGGAACUUUCUGGGACAAGAGAGGACUGCUUAUUCUCUCAUUCUUUGAUUUUAGUAAGUGAAGAGCUCAAAGUAUUACAAGUAAAGACGAGGAUUCCUCCUCCUGCCCAGGGCCUGUCAUGGAUGAAGAGACUCAGCACAGCCUUGAAUGCAUCCAGGCCAAUCAGAUUUUUCCCAGGAAGCAGCUGAUCCGAGAGGAUGAGAACCUUCAGGUGCCGUUCAUUGAGCUCCACGGGGAGAGCACAGAGUACGUGGGCCGAGCAGAGGAUGCCAUCAUUGCCCUUUCCAACUACAGGCUCCACAUCAAAUUCAAGGAAUCUGUUGUGAAUGUUCCAUUGCAGCUCAUUGAGAGUGUGGAGUGCCGGGAUAUAUUCCAGCUUCAUUUAACUUGCAAGGACUGCAAGGUUAUCAGGUGUCAGUUUUCCACCUUUGAGCAGUGUCAGGACUGGCUGAAGAGGCUGAACAAUGCCAUCCGCCCCCCGUCCAAGAUAGAGGACCUGUUCUCCUUCGCCUACCACGCCUGGUGCAUGGAGGUUUACGCCAGUGAGAAGGAGCAGCACGGGGACUUGUGUCGGCCAGGAGAACACGUAACUUCCAGGUUUAAGAACGAAGUGGAGCGGAUGGGGUUUGAUAUGAACAAUGCCUGGAGGAUUUCCAACAUCAAUGAGAAGUACAAGCUGUGUGGCAGUUACCCCCAGGAGAUCAUCGUGCCCGCCUGGAUCACGGACAAGGAGCUGGAGAGCGUGGCCAGCUUCCGCUCCUGGAAGCGCAUCCCUGCCGUGGUGUACAGGCACCAGAGCAAUGGGGCGGUGAUCUCCCGCUGCGGCCAGCCCGAGGUGAGCUGGUGGGGCUGGAGGAACGCCGACGAUGAGCACCUGGUCCAGUCCGUAGCCAAAGCCUGUGCCUCAGACUCCAGAUCCAACAGUAACAAGUUAAUGAAUGGGAAUUGUUCCAGAGAUUUGUCCAACGGAGGGGACCUCUCUGAUGUGGAAUUUGACUCCUCCAUCUCCAAUGCCUCGGGAGCAGAGAGUUUGGCAAUCCAGCCUCAGAAACUUUUGAUCCUGGACGCGCGAUCUUACGCAGCAGCCGUGGCCAACAGAGCCAAGGGGGGUGGCUGUGAGUGCCCAGAAUAUUACCCCAACUGUGAAGUGGUGUUCAUGGGGAUGGCAAACAUCCACUCCAUCCGCAAGAGUUUCCAGUCGCUGCGCCUGCUCUGCACACAAAUGCCAGAUCCAGGAAAUUGGCUGUCAGCUCUGGAGAGCACCAAGUGGCUGCAGCACCUGUCAGUGCUCCUGAAAUCCGCGCUGCUCGUGGUGCACGCCGUGGACCGGGACCAGCGGCCCGUGCUGGUUCACUGCUCCGACGGCUGGGACCGCACGCCCCAGAUCGUGGCCCUGGCCAAGCUCCUGCUGGACCCCUACUACAGGACCACAGAGGGUUUCCAGGUGCUAGUGGAGACUGAGUGGCUGGAUUUUGGCCAUAAGUUUGCCGAUCGCUGUGGCCACGGGGAGAAUUCGGAUGACCUCAACGAGCGCUGCCCGGUGUUUCUGCAGUGGCUGGACUGUGUCCAUCAGCUCCAGAGGCAGUUCCCCUGCUCCUUCGAGUUUAACGAAGCAUUCCUUGUGAAGUUGGUGCAGCACACCUACUCCUGCCUCUUUGGAACAUUCCUGUGCAACAAUGCGAAAGAGAGAGGAGAGAAACACACUCAGGAACGGACCUGCUCCGUCUGGUCUUUGCUGCGGGCAGCAAACAAAGCCUUCAAAAACCUGCUCUACUCCUCCCAGUCGGAAUCUGUGCUGUAUCCCGUGUGCCAUGUGCGGAACUUGAUGCUCUGGAGCGCUGUUUACCUGCCCUGCUCCUCCCCCUCCACGCCCGCCGACGACACCUGUGCCCCGUACCCUGUGCCAGGCUCUAGCCCCGAAGAGCAACCUCUGGGCAGGCUACCAAAGACAAGAUCCUUCGACAAUCUGACGACAGCCUGUGACAGCAGCGUGCCUACAACCAACCGCCGGAGCAGCGACCCCAGCCUCAACGAGAAGUGGCAGGAGCACCGCCGCUCCCUGGAGCUCAGCAGCCUGGGCCCCCCUGGGGACGACCCCUUUGAGGGGGACGGGCUGAGCAGGCAGGGCAGGGCCCCCGUGGGGGCAGAGCUCUCUGUGGCAGCUGGGGUGGCAGAGGGACAAAUGGAGAACAUCCUGCAGGAGGCCACUAAAGAUGAUGUUGGGCUGGAGGAGCACUUGAGGGGUGGCCUGGAGGCAGCAGGGAAAGGGGAUGAGGUUGGCCUGGAUAAGGAGAAGAGAGCUGACAGUCUGUGUGGGGAAAAGGCCGAGGCGGAUACAGGUACCGUAACGAACAAUCCCACAGCCAACCCACACCCAGCCUCACAUGGUGCUGCGGAGCUCAAAGGGCAGCAGGACGAGCACAGCGACCCCAGCUGCGUUCUGCAGAAGGCACCUCAGGGGAGAGGACUGCAGGCUGUUCCUUCCGAGGGCUCCGGAAACAGAGAUGCUCCAAACAACACAGAGGAGGAAAGUCUUGGGAAAGGUGAAGGAGGAGCGGAGAGCCUGUGCGGCACGGCCCAGGCCAGCCUUGCCUUCCCUCUGAUAGCCCUGCUGGAGGAAAGGACAUCCAACAUCGAAAGCUCCACGGAAACCUUAACAGAGACCGAAGCAAAGCCUGAGCUCAUGCCCAGGGCUCCGUGCCACAGACGCCACCCCUUCGACAACAGCACUGACGAGCUGUCCCGAACUCUGGAGAACAGGCCGGAGGGGGAGUGCGUGAUAGAGCUCCAAAAACUGGGAUCAAGAGUGCAUAGGACUUCUGGUAGCAGCACCACACACCUCCCAAUGCCUUCCCCUUGUGCCUUGCCUCUAGCAGACCACAAAGAUGAGCUGGUGUAUAACGGGGAGCUGGAGCUGGAGAACAAACUGGUGGAGAAACCCGCGGGAUUCACGGCCCCGAAAUUCCCCGCCACCAACGGACACUGCGUCAACGGCGAGGACGGGCGGAUCAAGGCCUCACUGAGCCGGCAGGUGUCCACGGCCAGCUGCAGCUCUGCUCAGCUCCACCUGAGGAACUUGCACCAGAAAUGGAUGUUCAGCCAGCUCGGGAAGCAGCCGGCCAGCAGCCCGGACCAGCCGGCGCGCAGCCACCUGGACGAUGACGGGAUGCCCGUCUACAGCGAUGUCAUCCAGCAGCGCCUGCGCCAGAUCGAGACGGGCCAUCAGCAGGAGGUGGAGACCCUCAAGAAGCAGGUGCAGGAGCUGAAGAGCCGCCUGGAGAGCCAGCUCCUCAACAGCUCCCUGCGGCUCAACGGUGACUACGGCGACGACGUGACAUCUAUUCCCGACUCGGAAAGCAAUCUGGAUCAGAACUGCUUGUCUCGCUGCAGCACAGAGAUUUUCUCUGAAGCCAGCUGGGAACAGGUGGAUAAACAGGAUACAGAGGUGACGCGGUGGCUCCCGGAUCACCUGGCCGCGCACUGCUACGGCUGCGACAGCGCCUUCUGGCUCGCCAGUCGGAAACACCACUGCAGGGACACUGACCGAGUUGAUCAGCUCUGGAAUUGUGGCAACGUGUUCUGCUCCAGUUGCUGUAACCAGAAGGUGCCCGUUCCCAGCCAGCAGCUCUUCGAGCCCAGCAGAGUCUGCAAGUCCUGCUACAGCAGCCUCCACCCCGGCAGCUCCAGCCUGGACCUCGAACUGGACAAGCCCAUCACUGCCACGUCCAACUGAAUUCCUGGCCUGGGAGCGGCGGGGGAGCGGCCGGGCCGAGCCUUCCCCACGGACACGCGGAUCCCGGGGGCCGAGGCUGGGAGGCUGCGCGUGGAGCUGGGGCCAUGGGCGCUGCUCGGCGGGACAGACCCCGAGGAUGCGCCGCUGGACUGUGGGAUUCUCCUUGUCCGGCUCUUCCCCUUUCCUGCCUGUCCUGUCUGUGUGUCCGUGUCCCCGCGCGCGCGUGUGUGUAUAUAUAAUAAUCUAUCUGUUUGUUUGCGGGAGGGUCCUGGAGGUGGGGAGGGAGCUGCUGAGAGCCAGGAUCCCUGUGGGUAUUUAUCUGUCCCGUGCGGAACUGCUGCAGACCGAGGAUUUUGGGGAGCGGGGAGCAGAGGGAGCCGGGCCAGCCGGAGUGCAGAGCCUGAAUAGCUGCAGCCUCCAGUGCUUUCAAUCACUCCUUAUUCCAAACCCAAAACUGCUGUUUGGGAACCUGUUGCUGCUAGAAGAGGUGGGAAUCUCCUUCCCCAGAGACCUUUUCCCUCUCUGUUCUCACAGUGGCUGCCCGAGGGGGUCUCAGUCAGGUUCCUGCCCUGGCAGCUCUGGACCUGCACACACAAUCCGCGAGGUCUGAGCCCUCGCAGCGGGAACACCUGGAAUGCUGGCUCAGGAAUGCACGUGCUGUUGGUGAGAGCUGAGUCAGGCAUCACACCGGGCCUUGCCAGGCAUCUGACCACGCAAUUCCUGCUUCAAUCCAACUAGGACAGGAGCAGACCUUUGCCUUGUCCUUGCCCCAUCCGUGUGAGUCCCUCUGGGAGCAGAGCAUUGCCAGGGUCAGGUCCUGGCUGGUCACUCGCACUUUACUGGACGAUCCAAACUGACGGAAGGCGGCCGGGACCCGCCGGAGUUGUGGGGCUCGGCCUGUGUGGAUUGCACUGGUGCUGGGCACCCUCCUGGGAUGCUCCUCCUUUCCCAGGCUGUGUUCAGUGUACUCCAGAUAGGAAAAAGCUGCCUGAGGAGCUUAAAACAAUCCAAAAUACAUUAUGGAUUCCCCUUCCUCCUUCUGUCCCAAUCAGACUCACCUCACUGAAGGGUGAAACUCCCAAAUACCCGUUUGUAACCAACUGGUAGGUGCUCAUCCCUUUCCCUUCCCGAAGAUCCUGCUUAGUGCAAUCUGGCAAGGAGGAAGAGUAGAUCCGCUCACAAUGCAUUCCCUAGGCAAAAUCCCAAAUUCUCUAUGGUAUUCCCAAGAAUCCUGCUGGAGUAUUUGAGAGUUCUAGAUGCAACAGCUCAAAAUCCAAGAAACCUUGGGAAAGGAGCAUUUCCCCUCCCUGGAAUGUCACAAUCACAUCAUCCAAAGGGAGGGUCACAUGGAGAAACCAGAUGGCAGAGCUCUCUGGGUCUCGGGGGAGACGCUGAGGGGGUUGGACUGUGCCCUUCCCACCCUGCCAGGAUCCGUGCGCUGGCGUGAAUGCCCAGGAAGGAGGAGGCUGCGUCCUUGCGGGAAAGGGGUCUGGGAAUGGACGGAGCAUCUUGGGAUCUCCCUGGCACAGGUCUAGAGAAAGAGACACUGAAAGUGAAGUGAAGGAUGGGGUUUCCAGCCAAGGCAGGUUUAGGAUCUGUUCCUAACCCAGCGGUGGGGGCUGGAAGAGAGGCACAGGCAUCGCUGUUCCGUGCAGAGCGGGAUGAGGGAACGUCCGGCUCCUCCCAGGGUGGUGAGGGGCAGGUGGCAGAGCUGGGUGGGGGGACACCCCAACCCUGUGUGUGGCUUUGGGGUGCAGAAUCAGCCGGAGCCUCCGCACGUGCCAAGAGGGUCCGCUCCGGGCCGGGGCUGGGAUGUACAGUGUGAAUAAAAGCUUGCAGCUCUUUAGGCUUUUUUGGAUCGAUGAAGCACUUUUUUUAUUAAUAUUAUUUUUUCUUUGUAUGUAAAGGAGGAAGCCGUCUCUCUGUAGCUGUGUACAGAAAUAACCCUUCUCUCCACAAGAGAGUAAAGUGCUCCUAUAUUUUUCAUUUUUGUCAAAAGCGAGAAGUAAAUACUUUAGAAUUGUUAAAUAUAUAAAUAAAAGUGAAUAAAG